AUGAUAUCGAGAAGAGAUAAGCUAUUAAUACAUCCGUGGGAACAACGACGUUAUGAACAUCAUAGAGAAAAGGUAAAAUCGGCCAAGUCAGCUAUAGAUCGUACACCACCAGUAUUUUAUCCUCACAUUGUACAAAAGGCCAAAAAACAACAAACGGAAAAGGAACGUACACUGUAUGUGGAAAAUGAAAAUGUACGUUUGUUGCAGCGUUUGGCCAAUAUAAUGAGAACCAAACGUAUGCCAGAUUUUUGGAGAGAACCUAGACCAAACUUUUUAAGUCGAGAGAAAUUAUUUGAAAUAAGACCUUAUACGGCACAUAUGAAUUGGAAGCCUUUGGAAGGUUUAAAAGAGGCGGUACAAAAAUCAGCUACAGGUACUAGGAGUAAUAGAUGUCCUACCUGUAAAGGCCAGCCAGAAAGACCAAAAAUAAUAAUACCAGAAGAACGUAUACCAUGGCAACCACCACGUUCUUCUUUUAAUAUAAAAACUUUACAAAAACGUCGUUUUUAA